CACCCAUGAACAACCAUCCUUUAUACCAAGUUCAUUCUCCCAACAGUACAACCCCUCUCGUUCGGCGUCCCAUGGUUCUUGUUCGGGAGGAGCCUUUGUUUGUGAUGUUUACUCGCGCGAUCCUUUAAGAUGCUGCACAUUGAUGCCAUCUCUACUCGGUCGAGGUGCUGUUGACCCUUAUAUUUCAAUACUCCGCCACUCUGCGGCUCUGUCGUCGUUGUCACAGAUAAUUCAUUGCAACCUUUCGCCGCCAAACCCUAAUUUCACAACUUGAACACUACAGUUAUCUUCGAUUCUCGAACUCGAACCUACCGACCAAGACUUUCCGGUAUAACGACUUCAGAACACUGAGCAAGGCAUCAUGGCCUCUCUAGGACACUCGCGCGCAAGCAGUGUGGCCACCGCAGGCUCACACUCCUUGGGCAGCCCCGGCGCAUUCAACCAUGGCUCAAUACCAGGCGGCAAUCGAGGAGGCGAAUCUCCUUCGAAGGCUCCAAUUCCUCACAUUGACGAUGUUCUCGCUGCGCGGAACCUCGACCGGAACGUGUCUGUUAGGAAACUGCUGGAAUCGGCCGAGGCAUCAUUUAAGCAAGCCGAGAUCGCUCGGGAGUUUCGCAGACCGGCCAUCGCUCUGAACGAAUAUAUACGAGCAUCCAUAAUCGCCGUCCAAUUCAUCACCAACCAUCCCGAAUACCAUGAUCUCAAAACGAGCCACGGCGAUUUUGUAAAAGCUCAUAACAAUCUACUCACCAAGAUCAGCCAGCAGGACCAUAUAUAUGCCAAGAUCAAGGCCGACAUUAUUGCGGAUAACAAGCGAUCUGGUGUGCAACCACGGACUGUUCGACCGAACUCGUCCCAAGGAGGAAGUCGGCCACAUACGCCAUCAAAAUCGACCGUCGAAAGGCCCAUAUCACCCUCAAAGCAUCGAUUUGAUGGGCAUGACACAAAUGGUUCUUCUGCUCGAGCAAAACCAGCAAUUCAACCGAAACCUCAAUCUCUCCAUGGGAAUGCCAUCAAGCCCGGUGCUCAAAGAGCGUCCAUUAAUGGCGUCCAAGAUCUCGCUACCAGGUUUGCCAACCUGAGAGGCCCGCAACCUUCACCAGGUCAAGAUCCACGCAUCAAGACACAUCAAAUAACACUCCCAAAGCCGAUGGGUCCUAGAGAGAUGCCCCCGCCUCGGCCGCCCAAGGUUGGUAUUGACACCAGUGUGCCGACUCUACCCAAGAUGCCAGAUGCCAUCUACAGCCCUGCUCGCGGAAGCAUUUCAGGAGAAGUAACAAGACCGCCUUCGAGCACACCUCGUAGCAUGUAUCGCACAGCCUCCACCGUUUCGAUACCCGGAACUCCCACGGGCUCAUCACAGUCACAAACAGACUAUUUUGUUCCUACGCAAAGUUAUUCGAACAACUCUAUUCCUCCGGUUCCCCCGAGCAAUCUCAAUGGCUCUGUAAAGAUUCCAGAAGGCGAUGCCAUUUCUCCGGAGGAAUUGUACCAAGCUAUGAAAGCUAAGGGGGGUAUUUUGAUAAUAGACAUUCGCAUGAGGGAUGAUUUUAACGAAGGCCAUAUCAUGUCGUCGUCAACAAUUUGUAUUGAGCCUAGCAUCCUGCUCAGGGAUAAUCUCUCUGCAGAUGAGAUUUCUGAGAGCUUGAUUCUCUCCCCUAACCAGGAACAAUCGCUUUUCGAACAACGGCAUACCUACGACCUGGUGGUCUUCUAUGAUCAAGACUCUGAAGAAAUUCCCGAACACCCACGGAAUUCUGACGACUUGGUAAUUAUAUCACUCCAUCGAGCUUUAGUUCACUUCAAUUUUAUGAAGGAGCUCAAAAACACGCCCAAGAUUCUCAAGGGAGGUCUUGAUGCUUGGGUUGACUUGAUGGGGCCGGCAUCUCUGGGCUCGACUACUUCAACAACGAACAAAACGGUGCCCUUGGAGCGCAAUCGAAGCCGGUUAUCAGCUAUCGAGCGACGGAGGUCAAAAUAUAUCGCCAAGCCUCUCAAGCCUGACGAAGUCAAGGUGUGGCAAGAGACACUCAAAAACGACGACGAUAUGCAGACAGCAUCAUCACCCAACUUCACACGUACUACAGAAGACUUCCUUCGAAGAUUCCCGCCAGUGUCUUUGGAACAAGAGUCUAUGACUUCUCCGGAAGAGAAGCCCCGGAAUCGCCCCGUUUACGGGCUAUCUCACAAGGUUGACCUCUACACAGACUUGCCCUCACCACCCACAAGACCAGCUCCCGCUUUACCGCGACGAAGCUACAGCGGCCUCACCGAAGGGAGGGACGAGAACGAGCUUUAUGGCAACAAUAACGCAGUUGUUCCGGCUCGUCCUUCAAGAGCGCCAACUAUGAAGGCCGUGGAGCACCAAUCCACAGGGGAUUCGGCCAAAUUCUACACUGGGCUCAACAAUCCCAACAACUGGUGCUAUGCCAACAGCACACUGCAGAGCCUGCUCGCUUCACCUGAGUUUGGAAGAGAACUGGCAAACUCGGAAUGGGUCAGCAAAUACAAGGCGCCAAUGAAAGAUGAUGAGAAGAUUGAGCAGCCGCAGCUCAUGAUUCGUAUUAUCUCAAACCUGUUCCACUGGAUGAGUUCAGGCAAAUUUCAGGUCAUGAUGGCCCAGACACUCAUGAACUACUCGCAUCACGUUUGUACCCAAAGCCGAAGCAUCGAGCAGUUUGGUGGGAGUCAGCAGCAAGAUGCCCAGGAGUUCAUGUCUUUCGUGAUCACUCACCUGCACGACGAGACUAAUACACGCCGAGAUCGAAAGGGCACUGCUGCCCAGCCAGAUACUAAGCACCAGUCUCUUGUGAAGGCUGCCGUCCAGUACUGGCAAAAUCACCUCGAAUACAAUCGUUCUAUUGUCGACCGCUACUGGCGCGGUCUCGAGCUAUCAACCGUCGAGUGCUUCGAAUGUCACACCCGUACUUAUCAGUUCAACCCUAUUGAUGUUGUUCCUGUCACAGUGGGAAUGGGGCGUGGCAUGACUCUCGAGCAGGUUCUCGACCAGUAUACAUCAGGGAACAUCAUUAACGAUUUCCAUUGCGACCACUGCCGCCACCCUACUCGGGCUCAACAGAGUCUCUCCUUUGCUCGCUUUCCAUCCUUGCUCUGUGUCGUCUUCCGGCGCUUCCACUACCAACAUGAUUCCUCGGAUUUACGCAAAUCAACGGCACCCAUCACGUGGGAUUUCAACGACACCGACUUCACACGCUACUUCCUCCCUCCUGGCUCUCGCGAGUCUUCAUCUGGAUUCGAUCCCAUGGACCCUGCAUUCACAGGGCCGUUCCGCUACGAGGCUUAUGCUGUAAUUGUUCAUACAGGCAGUCGUACUGAUAACGGACAUUACUUGGCGUAUGUGCGGGACUCUACAUCUCAUGACCCUUACGCUUGGUUCUGCUGCAACGAUUCGCGCGUGACAAAGGUUCGCAUUGGCAGUGGAGACCGCGAUGAUGUCCAGGAGGAGGUGUUCAAGUCUGGCCGCGACCGUGUACCAUAUCUAGUCUUCUUCCGUCGCAAGGGCAUGCGAUAAGGCUAUCAUCGUAUCACUUACUUGCACUCAACAAUUCUGGCCGGGUUUGGGAGUUGGAUAUAUCCUCGUGGCUCCUCGCUCCUUUCUUUAUGCGUAUAGAGGAAAUCUGGAACACUGAGAAGCCAUGGACAUGGACGAAUUCGUCGUUGUAUUACCUCUCUUCCACCCCCUCCCCCAUAUCCGUCCGACUCUCGCGAAAUGCUACGAAUGUUUCAACUUCCUGGAGGGCCUGUCUUCUUUUUUCAGCGCAGCUCUGUUUGAUCUAUACCAAUACUACGCUACUAGUCUAAAUGGGUUGUUGUUCCAGUUCCCCCAUCGUUUUUAUAUGAAUAUAAAUCUCGCUAGCUGGCUAUCAUGGCAUUGUAUGGAGUAGGUAGCGUGCUCUUUUUUUGGUAAAUAUGCUCGACCUAGAGUCAUGACUUGAAGGAGGGGCACCUGUUUUCUAGCAAAUGCUUAUUAUAUCCAUAUACCAAUUGAUUGAUGAUUUGAUCUA